CCAGCUUCUGCCUCUGAGAUUAUUGAAGCCCUCCAAUACCUCUGUGACUUCGCCUUCUCUCUCGACGCGCUGUUUGAUGCCUACCCGCCUGCCCCGCUACUCCUCCUGCAAGCAACCACAGCAACAACAACGAGAACAGCACCUACAAGGAAAUCGAAACAAGGCACAGCAGCAGCAGCAGCAGCAGCAGCAGCAGCAGCAAGUUCUCCUGUGCGGCUUCUCUCUGUGGCGGCUCAAAUUCGCGACUCCUUUCUCCCUCUGCUCCUCCUCCUCGCCUCCUCCACCUCCUUGUUAUCAGCAAAGCGAACACCGAUGCAAGCAGCAGCAACGGUGAAUGUUCAGGGGAAGAUUCUUCAAACGAAGCUGGAGGAAGUUGCGUGGAAGUAUCUCUGGGGCGCGUAUCUUGGAGGAAGGGGGUGUGCUCGUGCUGCUGCUGCUGCUGCUGCUGCUGCUGCUGCUGUUGCUGGUGGUGGUGGUACUGGUGGUGAUAAUACUGGUGGUGGUGGUAGGACUAGCAGGAGCAGGGGUAGCAGAAAUAGAGGCAGCAACAGUGGUAGCAGCAGUGAUGGUUUGCCACCCUGCCCUGUGUGUGAUUGUGGAGUCAAGCCGGGCAGGGGAAAACAAUCUGGGUGCCCGUUGUGGGACGGGCUGCUUGACCAGAAAAUGAAUUUCGGGCAGGUGCUGCUCGAAGAGAUUCUUGCGGUGCAUGGAGUGAGCUCGGGCAGCACGGGCAGCAAAGAUGUGGAUGGCGUGGCGUGGAUCCCUCUGCUUCGGGCAGUUGAUGCUUCUUUUGGUCUUCGGUCAGCAAUCUAUGAAGAGAAAAUGAAAGGCAAGCUUCCCCUCGACAACACACAGUUCGAUACGAUCUCCGACAUAAUCGGCCCUCCAAUCACCCUGCCACCACCCCUCACUUCUGUUUUCGUUUUGUUUUCUUCCGUCUUUCCUGCAGGCAAGCUUCCCCUGGAUAACACGCAGUUCGAUACGAUCUCGGACAUAAUAGGCCCUCCUAUCACCCUGCCAACACCCCUCACUUCCUCCUCCUCCUCUGACCCAUCCACUACCAGCAACACCACAGCAGCCAACCACCCCCCUUCAGCAGAAGACUUCCCCUCCCUCACUCCCUCCCUCUCUGCCUCCGCUGAUGCUGAGUCAGCAGCCCUCGAGCAAUCCAAGAUCUCGCUCGUGCGAGAUAUUUUCCCGGAUUUCGGGGAGGGCUUUGUGGGUGCGUGUUUGGAGGCGUAUGGGGGGGAUGCAGAGGCGGUGAUUCAGCAUGUACUGGAGGGGAGUUUACACCCGGACUUAGCUAAGUUAGACACUCAGCUGAAGGUGAAGCCAGGGAAGGCUGGUGCGGGUGGUAAGGGGGAUGCUGCUGCUGCUUCUGGUGCUGUUGGUGCUGCUGGUGCUGUUAGUGCAGCUGGUGGUGGUGCUGCAAGUGGGGCAGCAGGUAAAGGAAAGGGCAAGGCAGUGGUUGCAGAGGGAGGAGAGGAGGACGAGGAGGAUGAGGAAGGGGGUGCAAGGGGGUGGGGAGGGGUUGUGGACCAGCAGAGAGAGGUGGAGAGGCAGCUGAGAGGAGAAGGGUCCAGUGCGGUUGGGGAGGGUGGGAGCUCGUGGGCAGGCAUUGCAAAAACUACCACCACACCCACUACAGCCCCUGCUACAGCCGCUGCUACAGCCGCUGCCUCUGCUGCUGCUCCUGCUGGUAGGUUCGUCCGGAGCAAGAGGGAGGAUGAGUCGGUGGAAGAGGAGGUUUGGAAGCGAGGUUCGGCAGCAGGCACGGGGAGCAGGAGGGAGCAGGAGGCAGUGAAGCGGUUUGUGUUUGAGUCGCAGUUUGAGUACGACGAUGAGUAUGACGACUCAUUUGAUGAGCUGGAAGGGUAUGACGUGGCAGGAGGUGCGGGGAGCAGUGAGGUUGAGGAGGUGGGGACGAGGUUUGCUGCACGCGCUGCUGCUGGUGGUGCUGUUGGUGCUGGUUUGAAGGGGCAGCAGGUGCAGCAGCAGGGGUUGGUGCAAGCACAAGCGCAGUCACAGUCACAGUCACAGCAAGCCCAAGCGCAGGCCCAGGCCCAAGGACCCCAGUUCUAUGUGAAAGACGGCAAGAACUACAGCUACAAGGUUAAGGGCUCCGUGGCCGUCGGAUCGGCGGCACAAGCGGCUGAGAUGAAGCGAAUCGAGGCGGGGCUGAUUCAUGGGCUGGGGGAAGGUGGUAACCGUGCAGCAUGGGGGGGAGCAGAGGAGGAGGAAGAGGAAGAGGUGGAGGAGGAGGAGGAGGAGGAGGAAGAGGGGGAGGGUGGGUCAGGCGGAGGGGGGUUAGGGGCGAGUGGUGGAGGGUGGGGAGGAGGAAGGGGAGGAAUUGGGCCAGGAGGUGGGGGGAGAGGUUGGAGAGGAGGGAGAGGAGGAAGAGGAGGAGGUGGGGGAGGGCGGGGAGGAGGGGGAAGGGGAGGGAGAGCUGGGAGGGGAGGGGGGAGGGGAGGGGGAAGUGGAAGAGGGUGGGGUGGUCAGGAAGGUUCUGGGAGCCGUGGUGAUGGUGCUGCUGCUGCUGGCGGUGGCAGUGGCAGUAGUGGAGGGGGAGGAAGAGGACAGUCAUCUUCUGCAGGUGGAUCCAGGGGAGGUUCAUCUGGUGGCUCUGGGGGAGGUUCUUUCGCCAGGCCCACAGCCGCGUCUACCACUAGUUCUAAACAUGUGUCAUCUGGUGCUGCUGUUGGUGCCGCUGCUAGAGGUGCCGGUGGUGCUGCUGGCUCUGCUGCUGGCAGUGCAGGUGCAGGUGCUGGUGACAUGGGCAAGAAAGAACGGAAACCGUCUCAAAAAGCAGGCCCGGGUUAUGAUGGCACGGGAGAUAUUAGCGAUUUGCCCACCUCGCUUCCCCCGCCCGUCGCCCUCGCUCUUCCCGCGCACCACCUCCUCCCCGCCCGUCGCCUCGCCUCCUCCCUGCCCGUCGCCUUUGCUUCCUCCGCCCGCCCUCGCUUCUCCCCUCCCGUUGCCCUCGCUUCCCAUACCCGCCGCCCUCGCUUCCCCCGCCCGUCGCGUACCGCAUCUUCCCCGCCUACCACCCUCGCCUCGCGGGUCGCCAUCGCCGCCUCCCCCUCCCGUCGACCUCGCUUUCCCCCUCCCGUCGACCUCGCUUUCCCCCUCCCGUCCACCUCGCUUUCCCCCUCCCGUCGACCUCGCUUUCCCCCUUCCGUCGGCCUCGCUUUCCCCCUCCCGUCGCCCUCGCUUUCCCCCUCCCGUCGCCCUCGUUUUCCCUCCCCAUCGCUCGCCGAGUCGACCUCUCCUCUCCCACCUGUCGCUGCGUCAACAUUGUUCUCAUUCCCGCCGCUGACGUCUUCGUCGAGCGUCCCCUCUUCUUCGCCCUCGCUUCCUUCCUCCGUCGCCCAUGCCCAUUCCCCUCCCUCGCGCCGACGCCCUGGUUUCCCGCCCCGCCGCCUUCUCUACCCUUCCCAGUGCCCUGGUUUACCACCUCUUUUUUUCCCCACCCAAAGCUUCACUCUCACCCACUUCGUGGUGUUCCCCCCUGUUCACUCCCUUUCCCCAUGCCCACCCUCAUCCCCUUGCUCACUCCGCGCUCGCCUGCGGGCCUCAUCACGACGUCCGCCCGCCCUCUCACACUCGCCACGCCUCCCCACGCACCCUUCCUCAUAA